AUGCGUCAUCCAGUGCCCAUUCAGCAUCAGGCUCCCCCUCCAGCUGCUAACUUCAACCAACAAAUGCUAUCAUCAGGACUGUCAGAUAUGAAUCAGCCAGUGGGACUGACCAUGAUACAACAUCAUCUGUCCUUGCUCACUCCCAAGGCGCGGGUAGCCCUUUUCAGCCAGAUGCAGGGGAUUCUGCCCCCUCCCCCACCUACUCUGCCGGCGCUGCUAGUGCCAGUAAUCCAGCCAAAUCUGGAACUUCUAUUAUCGAUGCAAGACCUCGCUCAAAGGAUGGAAGGAAUCGAGAAGGAUGUGUUGACAAUUAAACAUCAGAAUGUCGAUGAGGACCUUGCAACCAAUGUAGAUGUUGAUGCUGAAGAAGAAAAUCAGCCCUGCCCUCAAUGGAAGCACACAACAAAGAAGAAAUCCAAGGAACGAGCAUAUAUCCUGAACGUGGCAAAGGCGAGGCUUACUGCAGCACAACUGACCACACGUUUGGAACUACAGGUGCGAAUAGUUGCCUCUGCUCUUCAAUCCACUGUCACUAAGACGUAUCAGGAAUGUCUGCACAAGACCAUUUACGAUCUCACCAGACUCAUUGCAAGUGAAAUCGGUAGCAAUGGAAGUGAUGACACAAUGUCCGAUCCACCAAAGAUGAUGUUUGACUUCCAGGCGGGUGCGUCCCAUGAGGCGAACUCAGCAAUCUUCUCCCAGGCUGUGGACAUCGUCUGGAAAGAACAAUCUGACAAGGAAACAUGUUCGCUUACUCACCAAACUGUGCAUUAUACACACAAUGAUCUUGUCGCCUUUGUGAAGUCGAAAUUCCAGUCCUACAAGCGCAAAUAUAUUGAGAAGACAGAUGAAGGAAGGGCAGUGAAACGACAGAAGUUCAACAUUGUGAAUAAAUGGCUCCGUCGCCAGGAACAUCUUGCUGAGGAUCGCAAGAAGGCCGUGGAUGACUAUAUCACACGGCACCAUAUUGAUCCAUCCGAACUCUUGCAGCCAGAGUACAUGUCGGAUCAGGUGUCAGAGCUCGAUACUGACGACGAGGAUGAGAAGCAAGCAAGAAAGAAAGAUAUACAAAAGGCAGCUAACCUUUUGGAACGUGAUGUUCAUGCUGGUGUUCCUGUAUGGGAAACCAUCAGACCAGCAUGGAGAUCAGAAGAGCGCAAGGAAUCCAAGCAAAAAACGGCACUCACCAGACGUGUUAACCUUAGCAACAACAACAACGCUCCACCGUCGAUUCCCAUUUUCCCGUUCAUGCUUGAUUCCAAAUGGCACGACUCUUACCAGGCUGGAACUCCUUAUGCACCCAUCGAGAUGUACGAACAGGACCCUCAAGGCUUCAAAAAACGAGAAGGUCAGCAUGAUGAGGAUCUCCCCCAAGGCAACAGUGAGAAGGCCAGCGAAAACGGCAGCACUGACAGCCACAGUGUGAAUGGUGAUGGCGACGGCGAUGAUGCUGAUGAUACCUUGGAUGGUGAUUCAUGA